UGGCUGCUCAUAGACAGGGCAAACAUGAAAAAGAAAAUUCUCAAGUAUUAUUAUGAAUCAAAUCGACCACGCAACUGAUUUUCAAAAUUUCACAUAUGCAAUUAAAACUUUUCAAAAUUGGCUGAUCUUCUUCUCACCAUAUAUACAGCACUUUGGUCCUCCUCAAGCUGCAGAAUCAGAAAUCAAUACGCCAUGGAACAGAGCUUCCUACUUUAUGCUUCCCUCUCUCUUCUCUUCCUUGCUUUUUCUUUCAAGCUCAUCCGAAGAUCGGCCGGCGCUCGGAAAAACUUACCGCCGGCUCCGCCCUCUCUUCCGGUCAUCGGCCACCUCCAUCUCUUGAAAAAGCCACUCUACAGAAAUUUCCAGAAGAUUUCCGCCAAAUAUGGUCCUGUUAUGUCUCUCCGCCUCGGCUCUCGCCUCGCGGUGGUGGUAUCGUCUUCCUCCGCGGUGGAGGAGUGCUUCACCAAAAACGACGUCGUCCUCGCCAACCGUCCUCGCUUGCUAAUUGCCAAACACCUUGCCUACAACUUCACCACCAUGAUUGCGGCUCCGUACGGCGACCACUGGCGGAACCUCCGCCGCAUCGGCGCCAUCGAAGUCUUCUCUUCGUCUCGCCUCAACAAAUUCGCCGGAAUCCGGAGGGACGAAGUGGAGCGGUUGCUGAGGAAGCUGUCGCGGAAUUCGCUCAGUGGAUUCUCCAGAGUGGAGAUGCAACCGGCCAUUUCGGAACUGACGUUCAACAUCUCGAUGAGAAUGGCGGCGGGGAAGAGGUAUUACGGAGACGACGUGACGGACGAGGAAGAGGCGAGGAAGUUCAGGAAGAUAGUUAAGCAGCUUGUGGCGAUGGGAGGAGUAUCGAAUCCAGCGGAUUUCGUUCCGAUUCUGAAUUGGAUUCCCAACGGUUUCGAGAGGAAAUUGAUUGAGCUUGGGGAGAAGAUAGACACGUUCUUGCAGGGGCUAAUCGACGAACACCGGAGAAAGAAGGAAGAGGGAACUGGAAGGAACACCAUGAUCGAUCAUCUGCUCUCGCUGCAAGAAUCCGAUCCUGCGCUCUACGAGGACCAAAUAAUCAAGGGAUUUAUACUGGUGUUACUAACGGCGGGGACCGAUACAUCGGCGGUGACAAUGGAAUGGGCCCUGUCUCAUCUACUGAACAAUCCUCAAGUGCUAAAGAAGGCAAGAGAAGAACUAGACACUCAGAUUGGAGAAGAGCGACUAGUGGAAGAAUCAGACGUUGCUAAAUUGCCCUAUCUUCAAGGGAUCAUCUCCGAGACUCUGCGGCUGAAUCCGGCGGCUCCGAUGUUGGUGCCACAUUUCGCGUCCGACGACUGCAAGAUAUGUGGAUACGACGUGCCACGUGGCACAAUAGUCAUGGUCAACGCGUGGGCCAUACACAGAGAUCCGAACGAAUGGGAGGAGGCCACGUGUUUCAAACCAGAACGUUACGAGAAGUCCGAAGAGGAUGUGCACAGGCUGGUGCCGUUCGGGGUUGGGCGGCGGGCUUGUCCCGGGUCCGGCAUGGCGCAGAGGGUGAUGGGCCUCACUUUGGCGGCGCUGAUUCAGUGCUUCGAGUGGGAGAGAGUUGGAGAAGAAGAAGUGGACAUGAACGAAGGGAUGGGCGCCACAAUGCCCAAGAUCGUGCCGUUGGAGGCCAUGUGCAGAGCUCGUCCCAUCCUCGAGAACCUUCUUCGCUGAGAGAGUUAUUUAAUAGUAUUACUUUCCUCUGAAUCCUCUCUUUAAUAUUUUGAUGGUGUUUUUCAAUAAUUGGUCGUCUUUUGUACUCGUUGACGCAAUAAAAUAAUAUAUCUUUUAUUUAAUUUUAAAUUCAGUCUACUAGGGACUUUUUAAAAUGUAGGGUAGUUUAAGAAAAAUUAGAAAAAUCGGUUAUGUUUCAAAUUACUUAGCAAAAUAGGGUGGACUUUUGUCUUUAUUGGAAAA